AAGCACGAUGUUCUAAUGCGACUUGUAUAUCGCAUAUAUCCAGAAAAUUCUAUAACUCACCGUCCGAGAUACGACAAUUUUCUCACAGCAGCUAUCUCUUACGGCGGCGACGCUGCUAAUCUUCAACUGCAAAAAGUUGAUCUCAUAGAUAUGGAACUCAAGGCAGACGGAAGUGACGGAUCCUUGGUUUUAAUCAAGCAAGGAGCUGAGGCUAGGGUAUUUGAGUCAACAUUUGUGGGUAGGAGGUGUAUUGUCAAGGAACGGUUUUCAAAGAAAUACAGGCAUCCGACUUUGGAUUCAAAGCUCACUACUAAACGGUUGAAUGCGGAGGCAAGGUGCAUGACAAAAGCUAGACGGCUUGGUGUUACUACUCCAGUGCUUUAUGCUGUUGACCCUGUUACGCAUACUCUCACCUUUGAAUAUGUUGAAGGUCCUUCUGUGAAAGAUAUAUUCCUUGGCUUUGGAUUAGUUGGUGUGGACGAAGAGCAGAUGACUGAUAUUGCAACACAGAUUGGUAAUGCUAUUGGCAAAUUACAUGAUGGUGGCCUAGUCCAUGGCGAUUUGACAACAUCAAACAUGUUAAUGAGGAGUGCUGCCAAUCAGCUGGUGCUGAUUGACUUUGGUCUAAGCUUUACUUCAACACUUCCAGAAGAUAAAGCAGUUGAUUUAUAUGUACUUGAACGUGCUUUGCUCUCUAUGCACUCUUCUUGCGGGAAUGUGAUGGACCAGAUACUUGCUGGAUACAAGAAAUCCUCAAAGCAGUGGUCGUCAACCUUUAACAAGCUAGCCCAAGUGAGGCAAAGAGGCCGAAAGCGCACAAUGGUUGGUUGAGUUCCCAAGUCUACAAUUCACAUUGAGUGCAAAUUGAAGAAGAUCAGAUGACAUGGGGCAGGAGAAACCGGAACUUGCUCAUUGCAAAGACGAAUCUGUAUUUGUUGCAGUCUUGAUUAUUGUGAUAUUGACUUGUGCUGUUACUUGUUUUAAGCUGUGCUGCGUCUACAAUUCUCUGCAUUCUUAUUCAGUUCUGGCCAUCUGGACGCAAAAUGUUUGUUUUUCUUUUCCGUGCUUGUUAACAUAUACAUACAUUAUGAACGCGGAAAGCCUGACCUGAUUCGAUAACCUAUCUAAUAUCAUCUGAUUGCAUGUGAAGCAUGUGCCAAUUUAACUGUAA